GGGCGCCGCGGGGUCCUCCGGCUCCCCGGCAGCCCCCGCGCGCGGUGCAAGCUGGGGGAACAUGGCCGCUUCCGGUCUCCCUCCUGGGCCGGCGCGGGCCUGACCGCGGCCCCUGCCAGUCGCACUCCGCCCUCCGUUUCUCCAGCCCGGCAGUCGCGGAGGUCGCUGCAGGCUUUCUCUCCCGCUGCCUCCGCCGCGCCAUGGAGAAGAGCUCGAGUUGCGAGAGUCUUGGCUCCCAGCCGGCAGUAGCACGGCCACCCAGCGUGGAUUCCCUGUCCAGUGCUUCCACUUCUCAUUCAGAGAAUUCAGUGCAUACAAAAUCAGCUUCUGUUGUAUCAUCGGAUUCCAUAUCAACUUCUGCAGAGAACUUUUCUCCUGAUUUGAGGGUCCUGAGGGAGUCUAACAAAUUAGCAGAAAUGGAAGAACCACCCUUACUUCCAGGAGAAAAUAUUAAAGACAUGGCCAAAGAUGUAACUUAUAUAUGUCCAUUCACUGGUGCUGUACGAGGAACUCUGACUGUUACGAAUUACAGGUUAUAUUUCAAAAGCAUGGAACGGGAUCCUCCAUUUGUUUUAGAUGCUUCUCUUGGUGUUAUAAGUAGAGUAGAAAAAAUUGGUGGUGCUUCUAGUCGAGGUGAAAACUCUUACGGACUUGAAACUGUGUGCAAGGAUAUCCGGAACUUACGGUUUGCUCACAAACCUGAGGGGCGAACAAGAAGAUCUAUAUUUGAGAAUCUAAUGAAAUAUGCAUUUCCUGUCUCUAAUAACCUGCCUCUUUUUGCUUUUGAGUACAAAGAAGUAUUCCCUGAAAAUGGGUGGAAGCUAUAUGACUCUCUUUUAGAGUAUAGAAGGCAGGGAAUUCCAAAUGAAAGCUGGAGAAUAACAAAGAUAAAUGAACGGUAUGAGCUUUGUGAUACAUACCCUGCCCUCUUGGUUGUGCCGGCAAAUAUUCCUGAUGAAGAAUUAAAGAGAGUGGCAUCCUUCAGAUCACGGGGCCGUAUCCCAGUUUUAUCAUGGAUUCAUCCUGAAAGUCAAGCCACAAUCACUCGGUGUAGCCAGCCCAUGGUAGGGGUAAGUGGGAAGCGAAGCAAAGAAGAUGAAAAAUACCUUCAAGCCAUCAUGGACUCCAAUGCCCAAUCUCAUAAAAUGUUUAUAUUUGACGCCCGGCCAAGUGUUAAUGCUGUUGCCAAUAAGGCAAAAGGUGGAGGUUAUGAAAGUGAAGAUGCCUAUCAAAAUGCAGAACUAGUUUUUCUAGAUAUCCACAAUAUCCAUGUUAUGAGAGAAUCUUUACGAAAACUUAAGGAGAUUGUGUACCCCAACAUUGAGGAGACCCACUGGUUGUCUAACUUGGAAUCUACUCACUGGCUAGAGCAUAUUAAGCUUAUUCUCGCAGGGGCUCUUAGGAUUGCUGACAAAGUAGAGUCAGGAAAGACGUCUGUGGUAGUCCACUGCAGUGAUGGCUGGGAUCGCACAGCUCAGCUGACCUCCCUGGCCAUGCUCAUGUUGGAUGGAUACUACCGAAGCAUCCGAGGAUUUGAAGUCCUUGUAGAAAAAGAGUGGCUAAGCUUUGGACAUCGAUUUCAGCUUAGACUUGGCCAUGGAGAUAAGAACCAUGCAGAUGCAGACAGAUCACCUGUUUUUCUUCAGUUUAUUGACUGUGUCUGGCAAAUGACAAGACAGUUUCCUACAGCAUUUGAAUUCAAUGAAUAUUUUCUCAUUACCAUUUUGGACCACCUAUAUAGCUGUUUGUUUGGAACAUUCCUCUGUAACAGUGAACAGCAGAGAGGAAAAGAGAAUCUUCCCAAAAGGACUGUGUCAUUGUGGUCUUACAUAAAUAGUCAGCUGGAGGACUUCACUAAUCCUCUCUAUGGGAGCUAUUCCAAUCAUGUCCUUUAUCCAGUAGCCAGCAUGCGCCACCUAGAGCUCUGGGUGGGAUACUACGUAAGGUGGAAUCCACGGAUGAAGCCACAGGAGCCCAUUCACAACAGAUAUAAAGAACUUCUUGCUAAACGAGCAGAGCUUCAGAAGAAAGUAGAGGAACUACAGAGAGAAAUUUCCAACCGAUCAACCUCAUCCUCGGAGAGAGCCGGUUCUCCUGCACAGUGUGUCACUCCUGUACAGACUGUUGUGUGAGAGGGCUACUGGAUGGGGCCAUCGGUCAUCGCCAUGAACUCUGAUUACAGUGGCAGCUUCAUGAGGAGAAAGUUUCUGAAUAUAGAACCCAUCUGUGAGAGAACUUAAGUCACUUUAUUUAUUUUAAAUCUCUCUAGGAUGAGUUUAGAACUGUAGCAGUGCAGGUGGUUUAAGUGAAAUAACCCCACAUGUAAGUACAUGAUUAUGACACUAAUCUUAUAAGUCACCCAAAGAACAUUAAAAUGCUUCAGUCCUGGAUCCACAGUGGGAACAAGUUUCUGAUUUUAAAAGGAAAAUGCUGUCUCAGAAAUUUUGGUGUGUGGUAAAAUCAAAACACAAACUACUUCAGAAAUAUACUUCUUGAUGGAAGAGCACUCAUUGCACAGAAGGAGGAGCAUCAGUUUUCAAACCAAACCAAUACUGACAUUUCAUGGCAUUAUACAUACUGGGCUUCAGUGUCAUAGUCAAGAUCAUUUGAUGCUCCUUUGCCCAUCAUGGGUUUUUCCUUUUUGUAGUAAGUGAUUUACUUUCACCAUUCAAAACUCGUGUUCUUCAUAUAAUAAGGCAAAGUCUUGAGGAUAUUAUGGUGUAGUAAUAGUUGAAAAUUAUUGCUGUCAUUAUUUAUGUACUUAAUUUAAGAUGUAUUAGAUAGCUGUUCCAAAAUGAUGCCUUACAGAUGUGCUUGGGAGGAGGAUGGAGAGGAGAAAGUGGUAGCCAUCCAGGAUUUCAAAGAAUUCCACAUCCUUCAGAUUAGUUUCCAUUUGCACAAUUACUAGAAACAUCAUGAAACAUAUUUAAAAAACUCAUUAUCUGCCCUACUUUAUUAUAGUUACAUUUUUUUUUUGAACACAGAGAAGUUAACUGGCAAAUUUUGAGGCAGUAUGUAAAAGUUUAGUAGGAUUGACAUUUUUUCUGAAGUCUGUAUAAAUAGCAUAUGGUGAGAAGUACUGUGCUCAAAUUUUACAUGAAAUAUUUGACUAUUACUUUCCUUUGCAAAUUCUAUAAUUCCACUGAAUGAUUAAGUCUACCAAAGAAUUUAUGGCAUGUAAAAAUGUAUUACAGUCUCAAUGCCAGUAAAGGAAAUCCUGCUUCACUUUUUGGCUGCUACAGUAAGAAUUCAGCGCUGGUAUAAACACUUGACUCCCUGGUGUCUAUUUUACUCUGUAUAAGAGCCAUAUGUUAUGUACUGUAACACAAAGGAGCUUCUUGUCCCUUGGGUCUUUAAUUAAAAGAAAAAUUCAACUGACUUUUAAACUUUGUCCUUGUUCUAAGUUGUUUGCCUUAAGUUUCUUUUGCAGAAAUGUUAUUUGGAAUUUUUUGAGGAAAGGGGUGUUUCAUAGCAGCUGCUCUAAAGGAAAUGUUCAGUUUGAUCAGAUAAAUCAAAUACUCAAAAUCAGUGUUUUUUCACUUGUUAACUCACUAGUCUGAACCUUUUGCCCUGCUCUUGGUUUUGCAAUGAGUAAGUAUAAUUUCCGUUAUUAGUACAUCCAGUAUUAGCAAAAUCGGUACCAAAAUGAUUUUAUCAUUGAAAUUUGUUAUAAGAAAAUUUAUAACAGUAUUUAAGUGACCAGUCUGUCAGUAUUAAAGCUAAAUUUUCUAUUCCAAAUAUUUUAUAAAUCCAUUCUCUCUGUGCAUUGUACCAUUUCCCUCCCUUAAGCCUUUAUCAUCUUGGUCUGAUGCCACAUAAAAGAACGUAGAUGACUGAAGAGGUUCAAGAAUUUAAAACUUCUAGUCUUAAUACCCUCAUAUUCACUUGAAAUUCCAUUCAAAGCAAUCUAAUUCCAUUCAGAAUCUAAAUUCCAUUCAGAGCAAUCUAAGUGCAAAUCUAUCACUUCUCCUUUUAAAACUUUCCAGGGGUUUCCUUUUACCUUUUGCAGGAGUCUCCAAAGUGGAGUGCCUUUAAGAUGAUCCUUUAGUGAAGACAUCAGCAUCACGGUGGCACCAGUGCUUCCUUUUCUCUCCCUUCGACUUCUAACGAAUCAGACAUCCAUAACUGGACACAAGUGCCUCUGCACAGCAUACCAGGACACCUGAGAGAGAUUCAUCUCUGUAUCUGAAAUUGGGUGAAUGAAACCUCAAAGGAGGCUAGGGAGCCAAGGGAGAUGUGGUGACACUGGCUGUGGCGGCAGCAGCAACCUCUCCAGCAGAGGAGGUGGAAAGUGCAAAGGGUAAGUAUAAGUCUACUCAGCUUGUGGGCUGCAGUUGGAGGGUCCCAUUGCUUUUCAGCGACACCCCAGAUUUCUGAGGAGAGAUCUCCAUGACAGACCAGUAAUGAGUAAAGGAACUGAAACAGUAAUCAAAAAAAUCCCAACACAGAAACCUACAGUACCAGAUGGCUUCAGUGGUGAAUUCUACCAAACAUAUAAAGAAGAAUGAACACAAUCUUCCUCCAAACACUUCCAAAGUAUUAAGGAGGAGGGAACUCUUCCAAAGUCAUCUACAAGGCCAGCAUUACAUUGAUACCAGAACCAAAUGAGGAUACAAGAAAACUACAGACCAAUAUCCCUGCUGAAUAUAGACGCAAAAACUCUCAACCAAAUAUUAGCAAACCAAAUUCAGGGACACACAAAUAGGAUUAUAUACCAUGACCAAAGUGGGAUUGAUCCCUUGUAUGCAAGGAUGAUUUAACAUAUGCAAAUCAAUAAAUGUAAUAAUACAUCACUUCAGUAAAAUGAAAGAAAAAUUAUAUGAUCAUUUCAAUAAAUGCAGAAAAAGGAUCUGACAAAAUACAACAUCCUUUCAUAAUAAAAACCUUUAACAGAUUGGGUAAAAAAAGAAUAUACCUCAAUAUAACAAAGGCUGUGUACCAUAAACCCACAGCUGUUAAUGGAGAACAGUUGAAAGUUUUUCCUCUAAGAUCAGGAACAAGACAAUGAUGCCCACUCUCACCACUCAUAUUCAUUAUAGUAUUGGAAUUCCUAGCUACACCAACUAGGCAAGAGAAUUUAAAAAGGCAUCCAAAUCAGAAAGGAAGAAGUAAAAUGUCUCUAUUUGUGAUGAUUUGGUUUUAUAUAUAGAUAAUCCCAGAGUCAACCAAAACACUGUUGGGACUAAUCAACAAUUUCAGUAAAGUUCCAGGAUACAAAAUCGUCAUACAUAAGUCAGUUGCAUUCCUUUGCACUAAUGAUGAAGCAUCUGAAAACAAAAUAUUGAUAAAACUAUCCCACUCAAAAUAGCACAAAAACAAUAUACUACUGAGGAAAAGUUUAACCAAGGAAGUGAAAGAUCUGUACAAUGAAAACUACAAGGCUGCUGAAAGAAAUCAAAGAUGACACAAAUGGAAAGACAUCCUAUGUUCAUGGAUUGGAAGAACCCAGUGGAGGACUUUACUAGAUGUCCUUACUACCCAAAGCUAUCUACAGAUUCAGUGCAGUUCCCAUCAAAGUGCCAAAGGCAUUCUUUUACAGACACAGAAGAAAGAAUCCAAAAAUUUUUGUGGAACCACAAAAAAGCCCCGAACAGCCAAAAUAAUCCUGAGAAAAAAGAACUAAUCUGUGGAUAUCAUGCGUUCAGGUUUCAAACUAUAAUACAAAGCCACGGUAAUAAAAACAUUAUGGUACUGGCACAAAAAUAGACACAUUGACCAAUGGAAUAGAAUAGAAAGCCCAGAAUUAAAUCCCAGUCGUCACCUAAUAUUUGACGAGGGAGCCAAGAACACCCAAUGGGGAAAGGAUAGUCUCUUCAAAAAGUGGUGCUGGGAAACCAGAGAAGAACACAUGCACAACAAUGAAAUUGGAUGCCUAGCUAACACCAUUCACAAAAAUUAACUUGAAUAGUGAUAAGUGCUGUGAAUAAAACAGGCUAAUUGGAUAGUAAAUGAGGAGAUGAGGGGGCAAUUUUUGAUAAUGUAAUCAAGUCCUGCUUUGAAUAUAUUAACAGAAAUCAUAAUUUAAAAAAAAAUAACUUGAAAUGGAUCAAAGACUUAAACAUAAGACCUGACACCAUAAAACUUCUAGAAGGGGAGAAGCUCCUUAAUAUUGGUCUUAGCAAUGAUUUUUUGGACAUAACGCCAAAAGCACAAACAAAAGCAAAAAACAAAUGGGACUACAUCAAACUCAGAAUUCUGCACAGCGAAAGAGACAAAAAAUGAAAGGAUAACCUACUGAAUGGGAGAAAAAUUUUUGCACACCAUAUAUUAAAUAAGGGCUUAAUGUCCAAAAUAUAUGUAAACAAUACAUACAACUUAAUAACAACAAGAAAACCCAAUCCAGCUAAAAAAUGGGCAUAACUAAAUGGACAUUUUUCCAAAGAGGAUAUCAGAAUGGCAAACAGGUACAUGAAAAAAUGCUCAACAUGCCUAAUCUUCAGGGAAAUGCAAAUAAAAACCAUAAUAAGACACCUCAUACCUGUUAGAAUGGCUGUCACCAAGAAGUGACAUAACGGGUGCUGGUGAGGAUGUGGUGAAAAGGGAACCCUUAUACAGUUGACACUUAACACAAGUUAGAACUGUGCAGGUCCACUUAGAUUUUUUUUCAGUGAACUCUGAGUUUGGUUGAAUCUGAAUGCAGAAAUGCUUUUGUUCAAGUGUUCAACUGUACAUCUACAAGGUUCAACUGUACAAGUACAGUGUUCAACUGUACACUGUUGUGGGAAUGUAAACUGGUCCAACUACUAUGGACAACAAUAUGGAGGCUCAUCAAAAAUUUCAAAAUUGGUCUUCCCUGGUGGCGCAGUGGUUGGGAGUCCGCCUGCCGAUGCAGGGGACGCAGGUUCGUGCCCCGGUCCGGGAGGAUCCCGCAUGCGGCGGAGCGGCUGGGCCCGUGGGCCAUGGCCACUGGGCCUGUGCGUCCGGAGCCUGUGCUCCGCAACGGGAGAGGCCACAGCAGUGAGAGGCCCGCAUACCACAAAAAAAAAAAAAAAAAAUUUCAAAA